CUAGCUGGUGCCUCAGGCCUCCCUAGCCAAAGGAACUAUAAGGACCGAACUAGGGCUUUUUCAUUUCCUCUUCUCUGUGAUUCCGCCCGUAGCUUCCGGUUCCGGGGAGGGACGGAGUUUUCUUCGGAGAUUAGAGGCACUGCGGGACGUCCAGGAUGGCUGUGGUAUCGUUACUGUUGUUUGGGAGUUUGUGCGGUGUUGUGGGAGCGUCCAAUCUGGCUGUCGUUACGUGCGGUUCUGUGGUGAAGCUACUCAAUACGCGCCACAACGUACGACUGCACUCACACGACGUGCGCUAUGGGUCAGGUAGUGGGCAGCAGUCAGUGACAGGUGUAACCUCUGUGGAUGACAGCAAUAGUUACUGGAGGAUACGGGGGAAGACCUCCACAGUCUGUGAGAGGGGAACCCCCAUCAGAUGUGGCCAGCCCAUACGGCUGACGCAUGUCAACACCGGCCGAAACCUCCAUAGUCACCACUUCACCUCACCGCUUUCUGGAAACCAGGAAGUGAGUGCUUUUGGUGAGGAAGGUGAAGGCGAUUAUCUGGAUGACUGGACAGUGCUCUGUAAUGGGCCCUACUGGGUGAGAGAUGGUGAGGUGCGGUUCAAGCAUUCUUCCACUGAGGUUCUGCUCUCUGUCACAGGAGAGCAAUAUGGUCGGCCCAUCAGUGGGCAAAAAGAGGUGCAUGGCAUGGCUCAGCCAAGCCAGAACAACUACUGGAAAACCAUGGAAGGCAUCUUCAUGAAACCCAGUGAGUUGUUGAAGGUAGAAGCCCACCAUGCAGAGCUCUGAGUCUGGAGGCUGUGAGCCGCUGUCACCACACAGUGUUCAUUGACAUCUGCUGCUGUCUCGCCCUGGGAUCCCUGCCACAGGUUUCCUGGGCAUUGGCCAUGUCACCACUGAGAUGAAGAUGGACGCAGAACAGUGACUGUGUUUGGAAGCUUCAGCCCUUCACAGUUGAAAUUGUUGUUCUUCUAGACUUGGGUCCGUUCUUUCUGAGUGCAAGACUUGUUGGUGAAGGAGCAGGUGCUUUUUACUCAGAUUGAUAAAAGAGAAACUGAGGGGGACAUCCCUCCUAGCUGGGAAAUUUUUACUCUUCAGAAGCUUGGCAUCAUGGAUUAUUAAUGUGUGUGACUUUUUUCCUGCUUUCUUUCUCUAAAAUGAUAAAAAAGGAUUUCACUGUUAGUCACUGUAUUGUCAUUUAUUAGGUGUGCUUUUUUUUAAUUCAUUUAUUUUCAGAGAGAUGGGAAGGGAGGGAGACAGAGGGAAAGAAACAUUAAAACAUCAAUUGAUUGCCUGUCACAGGUUCCCCACUGAGGACUGGGCCUGCAAUCCAGACAUGUACCCUGACUGGGAUCAAACCAGUGACUUUUCGUUUUGCAGGCUGGCGCUCAAUCCACUGAGCUACACCAGCCAGGGCCAGGGGUGCUAUUUGAUGAUCUGAUUAAUCCUUGAGUCCUGUGAGUCAUUGCUAUCAUCAUUUUGAAAUGCUAGGAACCUUUGGUGUGGACCAUUGUAGGAGCCUUACUUGCAUCCAAAUUUUUUCUUUUUCUUUCACUUCUCCUCUAGCACCUCGUUGUUAGAUUUUUCACUAAAAUUACCACUAAAGAGCCUCAAAAAAUGUUUCACUCUGUAUCUGUUACUGCAGUUGUAAAAAAGGGGUAGUAGUAAAAAGAGGAACCUACAUUUAUUCACUGUCUGUUAAAUGCUAGACACAAUGUUGCAGAUCUUAACUCAUUUAAUCUUCACAGAUAGAAAGUAGAUGUUACAGUUUUACCAAUGCAGAACAGAAAAGAUGAAUAACUGAAUUCUUAAAGCUGGUAAAUAAUUUGAGGAUAGGAAUCCAGCUGUAUCUGACACAUGUUUUUGUUUUUUUUUUCCUUUUUAAUCCUCCCCUGCGGACAUGGCUCAUUGACUUUAGAGUGUGGUGGGGGGAGAGAGAGAGAGAGAAACAUCUAUCGGUUGUCUCUCUAACGCACCCCAGCCAGGACUGGACCCGCAACCUAGGCAUGUGCCUUAACUGGGAACCAAUCUUUUGGUGCAAGGAAUGAGGCUCCAAUCAACUGAGCCACACCUGGCAGGCCUGGCACAUGUUCUUUUUACUACACUACAAUAAUGUUUAGAUCUUGGUAGAUGACUACUCUUUUUGGCACAAAUGUAAGAAUACCUUUCCCUGAAAAUGUAGGUAGGAAACUUUUGUCCUCUGCUCGUCAAGUCCGGAAAGUUUGCUCCUACGCCCUUUAAGCAUGCCCGUGGUGAAUGGGGGUUUCUGCCAUCUGCUGGAAUUUCAGUGAUUAGCAGGCCUUCUUAUUUUUAGAAACUGACAGAUUUUCUUUUUCCUGUUUGCUUUAAGGGAGUUAAGGUAGAACACAUUGGGGAUACAGGUCUCCCCCACUUUCCAAAAGUUCCUGUUAUACACUACUUCCCUUUUACAAAAGAACUAAGUGUGCAAUGACUUUUUGUCAAAGCAAAAAUAUUUUUCAGUUAUCUUUGGCUAGUAAAAAUAGGUAAUAAUGUGAACUUUGGGAAAGGAGGGGAUACUCUUUAUGCCAUUUCAGCUUAUGAAAGGUUUCAUAGGUACACUCUACUUUCAGAUAGCUGGGAAACCUGUAUCAGGUCUGUGCCAGACAUGGCCCAUGACAUGAAAAGAUGAGGUUUCUCUCACAAGGACAUGUUUUACUAAGUUGAGACCAUGAACUAGUUGAACUCCAUGAACUAGUUGCCCUCUCCCUCCUAUUCCACUUCAGUUGCAUUGGACCCUUGAGAGCUCUCCAGAAAGUACACAAAUGAUAAAAUCAAUGUUUCAGGCUGAAUUAGUUGGGAGUAAGAUGGUAUCAUUCUGGGAAGAAAGGAAAUGUUAGAAAUCCGCUUAAUAAAGGGAACAGAUUGGGCAAGAUGAAUGAGUAGGGAGCUGUGUUGCAAGGUACCCCUCCUUGGCUUGGACAGACUGUUCUCUGAGUUGUUGGGCCUUCUCUGAAGGUUCAGACACAACGUACUCUGAGGGCAGGCUGCAGAUUACAAGGAAAAUAGUAGAACAAUGGUGCUUGAGAGUUGGGCAUGAACUAUAAAGAAAGAGAAAGAAGCAGUGGUGAAACCCUGAGGGAGAUGUGAAAUUAGCUUUGAGAGGACCAGAGAAGAAAGGAAAACAGUUGGAGGCGAAAAGCAACUUCGGACAACACAGGUGAAAGUUGAAAUGGUGCUUUAUCUGAAAGAAUGAAAGAGUCUCCGAAUAAAAUCUUGAAGGGCGUUUAUGGAGGUUUGGAUGUGAGAGUAAAAAUAUGUGAAAUACGUAUUUUGAAAUCUUCAGAAUUUCUUCAGCUUGUACUGUAUUAGCAUCACUGUAAUUGAAUUGGAAGGGACCUUUGUCCAAUUCCCUCAUUUCAUGGAGAA